UUUCACUUUUCUCAAAUUGUGGCUGAUUGGUGGUCAACUUAUGGAUUACAAACUCCUAUGCUGCAACACAUGGCCAUAAAGAUACUCAACUUGACCACAAGUUCAUCCGGAUGUGAAAGAAAUUGGAGCACGUUUGUAAUGGUAGAUGCAAAGAGGAGAAAUAAACUAGAUGUGGCCCGUAGGGACAAUCUAGUUUAUAUCCUAUUCAAUGGAAGCAUGAUUGAUAAAAGAAAGAAGAUAUCCUCUUCUAGUGAUGUUCUUCUUGGUGAAGAUGCAUCACGAGCACAAGAUUGGAUAUGUGAAGAUGCAUAUAUCGAUGAGGAGACUGAUCCCACUACGAGAAUGCCAUGCAACAUCAUUGAUGCAGAAAGGGGGGAAAGCGAACAUGUGCAGCUUCGUAGGAGGGCAAGAGUUAGAGAACUCCAUGAAGUUGAAGAAUUCAUUGCGGAUGAUGAUAAUGAACUUGAUCAUGAGAUAGAGGAUGAUGGGAUUGAUUAUGAGUCUGAGGAUGAUGGCGUUAUGGCAACCAAGGACGAUGAUGAGGAGGAGGACCCCCCGCAACCUUGA